AUGUCCUCCCCCGCCGUGCUCAAGAAGCCACUGAAGCUGGCCUGCAUCCAGCUGGCCUCGGGCGCCGACAAGGCCGCCAACCUCAAACACGCCGCGGAGCAGGUCGCCAAGGCAGCCUCGGGCGGCUCCAAGCUCGUCGUGCUCCCCGAGUGCUUCAACUCCCCCUACGGCACCGACUACUUCCCCCAGUACGCCGAGACGCUGCUGCCCUCGCCCCCCUCCGAGGAGCAGGCGCCCUCCUACCACGCGCUGAGCCGCAUCGCCUCCGACAACAAGGUCUACCUCGUCGGCGGCUCCAUCCCGGAGUUCAACCCCUCCACCAAGAAGUACCACAACACCAGCCUCAUCUUCGGGCCGGACGGGAAGCUGCUCGCCACCCACCGCAAGGUCCACCUCUUCGACAUCGACAUCCCGGGCAAGAUCUCCUUCCACGAGUCCGACGUCCUCAGCCCGGGAAACCAGAUCACCCUCGUCGACCUGCCCGAGUACGGCAGCAUCGCCGUCGCCAUCUGCUACGACGUGCGCUUCCCCGAGCUCGCCACCAUCGCCGCCCGCAAGGGCGCCUUCGCCCUCGUCUACCCGGGCGCCUUCAACCUCACCACGGGACCCUUGCACUGGAAGCUGCUCGCCCAGGCCCGCGCCGUCGACAACCAGAUCUACGUCGCCAUGUGCAGCCCCGCCCGCGACCUGGACGCCAGCUACCACGCCUACGGGCACACCCUCGUCGUCGACCCCAUGGCCCAGGUGCUCGACGAGGCCGAGGCCGACGAGGCCAUCAUCCAGGUCGAGCUGGUGGACGAGAAGCUCGCCGAGACGCGGAGGAACAUCGCCCUCAACACGCAGCGGAGGUUCGAUGUGUAUCCGGACGUGAGCAAGGGGAAGAUACAGUUUGAGGACCCUGACUUAGAAACCCCAAAAUAA